UUGAGAGUCCAGAAAUGAGAACCAGCUCCAGAAACUUCAUUUGAAAUGUGAAGCCAACUAAUGUUCACUUGUCUUUGUCUAGGAUGGAUUUCCAAAUGUUUGCCGUGGUCAUGCUGCUGCUAGCCAGCGUGGAGCACAGCUUGGCCAGCUGCGUGGUGGACAGCUUCACUGUCAAACAGGAUUUUGAUCCCCAAAGAUAUGCAGGCAAGUGGUACGCCUUGCAGAAGAAGGAUCCCGAGGGUUUGUUCCUUCAGGACAACAUCUCUGCUGAGUACACUGUUGGAGAUGACGGCGCUAUGGUGGCCUCCUCCAGGGGCAGAGUUACUCUGUUCGGGUUCUGGGUGGUGUGUGCUGACAUGGCCGCUCAGUACUCUGUGCCCAACCCUGCAAACCCGGGCAAGAUGUUCAUGAACUACCAGGGCCUGGCCAGCUAUCUGUCAAGUGGAGGUGACAACUACUGGAUCAUUGACACUGACUACGACAACUAUGCCAUCACCUACGCCUGCCGCAGCCUGAACGACGACAGAAGCUGCGGGGACGGCUACGCCCUGGUCUUCUCCCGCAAUCCACGCGGCCUGCCACCUGCUAUCCAGAGAAUUGUGCGCCAAAAACAGGAGGAAAUCUGCAUGGCGGGUCAGUUCCAGCCCGUGCUGCAGACCGGAGUUUGCUAAACAUGACGCAACCAGCAGCUGGAGAGAACUUGUACAGGGGAAUGAACUGAAGUCAACAUUCCAUUUAAGCUAACCCUAAGGCACAAGAAUUAC